GUAAACAGCGGGCAUCUGUAGGUCAACAGUGUCAUGCCAGAUGACUAGUUGUUGCUUUUAUCGAUCACGUCUUACUAUUACUGACUUUAAAUUUUGACCUUUCGGCUCAUACCUAUUUACUAGUUUCCCAAUGGCAUUAUCUGAAAUGUCUCAGUAGGACAUUUUCACAGAAAAACAUAAGCCAACUAAUCCGAUUAUAAUAUGGUUAUACACAAUUGUUGCUUUGAUAUUUCAAGUUCCAAACAGUAUUUUAAUCCUGUUUCGAUAGUCUGUCCAUAGUAUAUCCACCUAAUUAAUGUUUUGGUAUUCACCGAAUAAUUGAAAAAAAACUACUGUACAACUUGGAAAUAUUCAUCAACAAAUCACAUGUCAUGCCAGCAGUUAUCCAACUCCUACAAUUUUUUCAUCAUUUUUAUUGUGUCUAGUUCCAACAUCAAAUCUACUCAAGAAAGAAGCUUUCACUUACUGUAACAACUAAAAAUAAAUCUCACUUUGUAAUCAUUGCAAAGUUCAAAGCCUGUUUUAAGGGGAAGUUUUUUCACUAUAUUCAUGUCAUUUUGAUUAAUUAUGGACUGUCGCCUUAUCUUUCGACAAAUCGUGAAAAUUAUCCACUAACCACUGUAUGGUGUCUUCUGUAUUAAACAUUUUUCCCAUAUAACUAAUUAUCAUCAUAUAGAUCUUCAUCGAUACCACAUUUAUUUUUGUGCAUAUUCACUGUUCGUUGCAAAAUGUUUAUGAUUGUCAAGUAAAUUCGAUUAUCUGUUGUCAAUUCUGUAAAUCAUUAAUAACCAGUUCGUCCCAAUAUUGACCAUAAUUAUAAUCUCUUUACUCUCCGAUCAAUUAUUUUAUUCAUUCCAAUUUUUCAAUUACAAUGAAUCCGCCUGCCAGUGUACCGUUAAAUUUGCUGCCAGGAUAUACAGAUAAUGUUAAUCAUACUAUUCUAGAGGCAUUCGAUAAUGAUUAUUAUGAAGUUAACGGUUUGCUCCAUCCAUUUAAAGACGGGACGCAAAACAAUGUGCAACAACAUGGUGAUGAGCUGUACAUUCAAAAGCCGAUGGAUGAUGGUUUAGACGAAACGGCUAGUGUAAAUUUACAAACACGACAAACCGAUCAAGACUCAUCGUUUAUACAAUCUUCAGAGUCAGAUAUUGAAUUGCAUAAUCUAGAAGAAUUAUUAGCUCGAACAUCGAUUAGUGAUGUUUAUUUAGGACCUGUUAAAAACAAUGAUGGUAAAAUCAUCCCGUUGGAUGUUGAACGUCGUACAAUUUUCAAUAAUAGUUUGGCAUCUUUGCCAUACUCUUCAACAUCCCUUGCUUUUUCCCCACCUGGUAUACAAAUUAUAACAGAAAUGUGGACUAUAUUUCUACGAGAUCGUUUGAGUCAUUGUAAUAGCCGUAUAAACAAUAUGUCUUUAGAUAAUCUGCGCACUUGUCUAUAUGAUCAUAAUUUAAAUCAAUUGGGAAACACUACCGUAUUAAAACGUCGUUUACAAGAGUUUGUGCGACGGGCACGUGUAGCACAAUCAAUUGAUCACAAUAUUGAAAUCCAAAUCAGUGAUGAUGAUGGAGAUGAGAAUAACGGUUGCAGCUACGGCGGUCAUGAUAGUACUGUUCUUGGCGAAGUGAAUCUAAACUCUCAAAUAAUUAACAACUGUAGGAAUGAUAGACACAGACUGAGGAACCCAUCAGUUACAACGACGACAAAACUACAAAAACCAGUUAUAUUGACACCAGAUACAUUCUAUGACUACUUGUUAAUUAUUGACCUGGAAGCUACUUGUGAAUCAAAAGAGAAGUUAACCACUGACGCCGAUUAUCCACAUGAAAUCAUUGAAUUUCCCAUAUUACUAUAUAGUACAAGGUUACGCAAGUGUGUCAGUGUAUUUCAUGCUUAUUGUAAGCCAAGAUUACACCCAGACCUUAGUGAAUUUUGUACAGAUCUAACACAGAUUCAACAAAUCCAAGUAGAUAACGCUCAACCGUUUCCCUACGUUUUAUUACAGAUUGAAGAAUGGCUGUUCAAAAGACAUAAACUGGCCAACAAGAGAUGUGCCAUUGUAUGUGAUUGUAGUGCAGAUAUGAGUAAAUUUAUGCGUAUUCAAUGUCGUCUGUCUAAUAUAUCUAUGCCUAGUUGGGUCAAUAUAUGGAUUAACUUGACCAAAUCAUUUCGCGCUUUCUAUAAGUUUCCACCACGUUAUCGUAUAACAUUGAAUGUUAUGUUACAUGAUUUGGGUUUAUCUUUUGUUGGCCAGCGACAUCGUGGUUUAGAUGAUGCUAUUAAUAUACUACGUAUCGUACGUGUAUUAUUAUCUGAUGGGUGUUCGCUACGUGUAAAUGAACGUAUUGAUUUUGACAGACCUCCUUCUUUUGUCUCCUCUGUACCAAGACAUAUGACGCAGGUCACAUCAGGUUUAAUGGGGAGCAAACUGGUUUUACUAUCACCAUCUCCAAGAAAAAACAAACCGAAGAGUUCCGAGAUUAGUCGUCACAAUCGUACUGUUGGAAACAAACACGUAACUCCAAGUGAUCUUGACGACAACAAUCGAGAAUCGUUAUUAUGGUUAGCCAAUGUUCAGAAAACUCGGAUAAACAGAGAUAAUUAAGCAUGUUCAGAUCUUCAUAUUUCAUAUACGCCCUCUUUCAAUAUUUAGCGUAAUAGUUGUCGUCUUUUUAUCAGUAACAUUUGUUUCUAUUUUAAUGCAUAACUAAUGUGUCCUACUGUAUGCUUAUUUUGACUGUUUUCUAUUAUUUGAAUACUAUAAAUCUGCUGCACAGAAAUAUAUGCAGUUGGAAGUUAGCAAAUUGACCAGAAACUAAGUAACUUAUUCGGUUGGAUUAUUUGCCUCUAAAUAUUUUAAAAAAAGUAAUUAUGUGGAGAUUUAUUUUUCAUGUACGUUUAUGAUUUCUCUCCCUAAUUUUAUGUUUUAUUUUCAGCUUCUUACCAAAAAGCCUGUAUGAUUGAUUGCCUCAGCUGAAAGGGAGUGAUGAUAAUGAAAUAGUUAACCAAACUUUUAUUAUUUGUUUUUCUGCUUUCUAUCAGUUUCCUUUUGACGUUAUAUGAAAACGAUGUGUAAUCCUCAUUAUUUUUGUGGUCUUAAAAAAAUUUCAGGUUUUAUUGUGCACACAAAAAUUUUGUGAUAGCCUAUAGAUUAAUGCCACAAAAUCCUUUCUUCCUAUGCUCCUUAUCUGUAUGUAUUAGCUUCUUUUAUUUAGAACUUUUUGUUCAAAUAUUUUUAUUAUGGACUGAUGCGAUGUAAUAUAGAGUAAUUGAAUUAUCUACUUGUCAGAAUAAUCAUGACUGUUUACUGAUACGUUUUCUUUGACUGUACCUAUCACAAAUGGUAAUUCAAUUGUACAUAUUUCCGAUUUUCUUUAGUAGUAUGUCCUUUACUCAUC